CUCUAGCCGAGCUCCGUCGAAUAUGACCUGAUCUCACAUUCUGCACUUUAUACCUGAAGACUCAAUCGUCGCCGUCGAAUUCGAACCGCCCACGAUGUUUGCUGCCCGACAGAUUACCCGCAACGCCCCGCGCUUUGCUGCGCAGCUGCGCACUCCCAUGCAGCGCCGCUUUGCCAGCACCGUCGAGAACGAGUUCAUCGCUGAGCGACAGCAUAUCAAGGAACACGCCAAGAGCACCACUGAGCUUUGGAAGAAGAUCUCCAUCUACGGCGUUGUCCCUGCGCUGGUCGUUGCCGGUGCCAAUGCCUACUGGCUGUGGAAUGAACACUGGGAGCACUGGAGCCACCUCCCCCCUCUGCCCGAGCGCACCGAGUAUCCCUACCAGAACAUCCGCACCAAGAACUUCCAGUGGGGUGAUGGUGACAAGAAUGUCAACUACCACAACAAGGACAAGACCAAAUAAGCUGGAAUAAAGGGGUUGUGGUGGAAAACUGCUGAUAUCUGUAGACUACCCUUCUUGGGACCGCUGUGUAUAUUCUUGUUGGGGCUUGAAUCGAC